UAUCAGUGUACUCCGUGUAUCUGAGCUGGACUGGAACCGCGGUUGAUCUCAUCGCCCCGUGUUUGCCCCAGGCUAAUUAAAUAUCCCAGGAUACGCGGAGUAGCUCCUGUAUCUCUUCUUUUCCCCGUAUCAUUAUCGUCGCUUAAACAGUGACCCGUGUUUGAAAAGGUUCCCCUGACGAAAUUACGCAGAAGAGAAGCUCAAGUUAUGUCUUCAGCCCAGCAAAGAUUAACCUCGAUCGCAAACCAGCUUUCGGGGCCUGGAGCCACAUCUGCAAAGCAGAGGCUCCUAUCUAAGAACCCCGAUGAUAUUGUGAUCACGCUCGCCGUUCGAACCCCGCUCACGAAGGCCAGAAAGGGCGGCCUCAAAGAUACGAGUCUUGAUGACCUUCUCAUCUCAUUACUGACGUCCAUCCGCGAAAAGUCGAACCUUGACCCCAAUCUCGUUGAGGAUGUUUGCGUUGGAAAUGUGCUCUGCCCCGGUGGCGCUUAUGUCGCUCGUUCCGCAGUGUUAGCUGCAGGAUUUCCUGCCACGGCUGCCGCUUCUAUCGCGAACCGAUUCUGUUCUUCCGGAUUGCUGGCUAUUCAAAAUAUUGCCAACCAGAUUACGGCAGGCUCGAUCGAUGUCGGUAUUGCAGUGGGGGCUGAGAGCAUGAGUACCAAUGCCGACGGUGGUGCUCCGGAGAUGUCUUCCCAAAUCUUGACUCAUCCGAUCGCCUCACAAAAUACCCAACCCAUGGGUCAGACGUCCGAAAAUGUUGCGGCACAAUUCAAUAUCACCCGUGAGAUGCAUGACCGGUUUGCGGCGAACAGCUACCAGAAAGCUGAGCGUGCUCAGAAGGCUGGGUGGUUCGACGAUGAGAUCGUUCCCGUGAAGACGACCAUCAAAGACCCGAAGACUGGUGAGGUAAAGGAAAUUGUUGUGGACCGGGAUGAUGGCAUUCGUUACGGCACUACUGCUGAGUCUCUGGGCAAGAUCCGCUCCGCAUUCCCUCAGUGGAAGCCUAGUGCUACUACUGGUGGAAACGCUAGUCAAAUCACUGAUGGUGCUGCCGGCCUUAUCCUUAUGAAACGAUCUCGCGCUCAGGAGCUUGGUCAACCCAUCGUGGCCAAGUUCUGCGGUGCAACCGUUGCAGGUUUAGAGCCUAGGAUCAUGGGUAUUGGUCCGUCGAUCGCCAUUCCCAAAAUCCUUUCCAAGUUCGGUCUGAGCAAAGAGGAAGUCGACAUUUUCGAGAUCAACGAAGCAUUUGCAUCCAUGGGAACAUAUUGUGUUCAGAAAUUAGGCCUGGACGAGGCCAAGGUCAAUCCCCGGGGUGGUGCAAUUGCGUUUGGUCACCCUCUGGGUUGUACAGGAGCGCGUCAGGUUGUGACAGCCUUGUCCGAGUUGCGACGACAGAACAAGCGAGUCGCAGUGACCUCCAUGUGUGUUGGGACAGGCAUGGGCAUGGCCGGUAUCAUCGUCUCCGAGCAUUGAGCGUACUUUGCUAUUGAUAUUGCAUGAUCUUCUGUAAAUAGCUUUGCAAUGACAAUCGCCCCGUAAUUGGGAAACGACUACAUUCCUCGACUGAGCUUCUGAUAUCACUUGAAUACCAAUGCAGUACUGGUCGUGAUUGUGGUGGUGUGGCUGUAGGGGCAGAGUAGCCUAGGUGGCAGUGAUAUCGAUAACGCCUGCGCAAUCCGGGGCGG